CACUUGAAAAACACCAGACCUCCACCAUACACAAGGGGGUGCUGUUCAUUCUGCCCUAGUGUUGUGUUUCUAAGUGAAGGAGAAUGGGUAGAAACAAAAAGAUGGUCUCUUUCCAGUUACCUAAUGAUGCUGCUAAACAGGAUAAAGCAUCCAAUGCUAGUUCAGAAAUGAAAACCGGUGUGGAGAAACUGCAUCUGCAAGCUAAGGAGGCUUUGAAUGUGGAGAAGAACUCAAGGGCCGGGACUGUGGUUGUGAGACGAUCAAGUCGUAUUAAGAGUUUGACCCCAUCUACUAAUAGCCCUGAGUUGGAACAUGUUCCGGAACAUGUUGAUCUUGUUGAAGAGGAAAAGGAACAAGAAACUGAGUUUCAGCCAGUUGGCAAUCUGCUUGUUGAAGAGGAACAGGAACAAGAGGUUCAGCCAGGUAGCAAUCCUCCAGAAGCGCACGGAGGAAGCCUGGAAGAGAAACUCGAUUAUCUUGUUGAAGCUGUAGAUUAUUUGAAGUUCAAGGUUUGUAAACGAGAUGCAAUGGCGGUCCCUUCUCCUGAUCUCAGCUACAAAAGCUUGUACCUCAGUUCACAAAAGCAGAUUCAGAUGUUGAUAGAUGAACAACUUAGGCUGGUCAAGAAGCUGGAAUUCGCUCGUGGAAAAAUUGCAGCAUAUGAGGAGAUGAAGGUUGCUGUGGGAGGUCAGAAGGAGUUUGUGCUAGUCUCCGAACUGGCAAAUGCUGCAGGCGUUGCCACUGCAAGCUUAUCGCCUAAAGUAGAUCAAAAGAGUAGCCCAUCUCCUCCGCCUGAAGCAGUUCAAAAGAGUGGCCUGCCAUCUCCCAACGUUCGUAAGCAAAGUAAGCAAAUUGGCCAGAAACGGGCGAGGUGUUGAUGCUGCUGUUAGUCGUCGUAAGUAGGACAUAUCUUUGUGGUGGUGGCUUCUACCUUUAUUGGGGUUAGUGUGCAAAUGUUGUUUAGACUUUGUGGCUAUUUUGUGGCUAGUAGAAGAGAAGAGUGACGAUGAAAACUUGUAGUACUACUAUAGUAUUUUGCACUGUUUCCUUAAGGCUUGUUGAGUUGUUGUC